AUGGAGGACCUUUACCGGCACGCCUCGGACGGAGGUGAGGGCCAUUCUCGGAUUUUGCGUGAGAAUCGGAAUCGAGACCCUAGAGGUUUCUACGACUUCUUCCGAGAAGCUCUCAAUUUGACGGAAGUCCAUAUCGAUGACUGGACGAUUUGCCAUACCCGGAUUCCUGAACUAUUCGAUCCGGGCCUUUUGAUGGAGUUGCUCAAGAGCAAAAAGGGCUACCAAGCGGCCAUUGCGCUGCAGGAUGCGGUCAUCCUAGCAACUACUCUCCGCGCGACAUGUCCAUUAUGCUAUUGUAGUUUCAGUUUGCAUUCUACACUCAAAUCUCAUUUAAGAGACAGGCCUGAACAGCAUAAAAGGCUACUAUCAGAGCCCGACGGGCGAUUCGACACCCCCCGAGUGAUCGAAGAAUUGGUGUACGGUGUCUACGACGAGAAGCCUGAGCGGAUCUUGUUUGAAGCCGUGUCUGAUGCCCCUCCAACUACGUUUUAUGAUGUGAUCACUGGCGAGACGCGGAUAAGAAACCACGCCUAA